AUGUCUGCCGCGGCUGAUCCACCUCAUCAACAUGCCGAGCUGCUUUCAUCUUUGGGCUCAGCAGCUGACAAGUAUCCAAAGCCAGAAGGAGUGGUCUUCUCCUACGGGACGGCUGGUUUCAGGACGCUAGCCAAUCGACUCCCAUCGGUCGUCUUCAGAGCCGCCUUGCUCGCCGUACUCAGGUCCAAGCGAUUAGAAGGCGCGGCCAUUGGAAUCAUGAUUACAGCUUCGCAUAACCCGGAACCGGACAACGGCGUCAAGCUCGUCGAUCCAGCUGGAGAAAUGCUCGACCAAUCAUGGGAAGCUCAUGCUACGGCCCUCGCCAAUUGCCCUUCUACAGACUCACUCAUAUCCACAUUCACAACCCUCGCCGCUCAUCUUCACGUGGACCUGAGCAAACCAGCUAGUAUCAUUUAUGCGCGUGACACUCGACCCUCUGGGCCUGCUCUGAUCGAAGCACUCCGUGGAGCUUUGAGCGUGUUCAAGGGGAAUCUCAAGGUUGUGGAUCUGGACGUCACCACAACGCCGGUACUACAUUACGUUGUGAAAGCUACGAAUGAUAAGAGCGGGACGUAUGGGGCACCAACGGAAGAUGGCUAUAUGGAGAAAAUGGCAGAGGCGUUCAAGGUGUUGAUGGGAAGCCGAGGACCCCUUCAACCCUUAUUUGUAGACUGUGCCAACGGCGUUGGCGCUCUCGGCCUGGCAAAGCUGUCCAAACAUAUCGCUUCGACGCUCCCGCUCACGCCACUGAACGAUGCUAUCGGAACCGCAGGUGCGCUGAACUCCCAGUGCGGCGCAGAUUUCGUCAAGACCAAGCAGGCUUUACCCCCCUCCAUUGCAUCGUCGGGCAUUUUGGCUCAAGACGGUGCACGAGCGUGCAGCUUGGAUGGAGAUGCUGAUCGAUUGGUGUACUACUACUUACAGGAUAAGAAAAAGUUUAGAUUGCUGGACGGAGACAAGAUUGCAGUGAUGGUUGCAAUGUUCAUUCGAGAUCUGUUGAAGAAGGCCAAGUUGGUGGAAGGGGAUGAUGCGCUCGAGGUGGGAGCGGUGCAGACUGCUUAUGCCAACGGUAGCUCCACAAAGUACCUCAAUGCGCGUGGGGUUCCUGUUCGAUGUGUACCGACCGGCGUCAAAUACCUCCACCACGCUGCCCAAAAUUUUGACAUUGGAGUCUAUUUCGAAGCCAACGGUCACGGCACUGUCCUCUUCUCCCCAUCUACCAUUUCGGCCCUUCAAUCCGCCACACCUCAUUCGCCCGAUGAGGCGAAUGCGAUCAAGAACCUUCUCGCCUUGUCCAACCUGAUCAACCAAGCUGUCGGAGAUGCGCUCUCUGACAUGUUACUUGUCGAAGUUGUGCUGGCUCAUCGUGGCUGGGGUGCACCGGAAUGGGAUGCGGGUUACGAAGAUCUUCCGAAUCGAUUAUUAAAAGUCGAAGUACCGGAUCGGAUGAUGUUCCAAACGACUGACGCUGAACGGAAAUUGAGUCAUCCGGCUGGACUCCAAGAUCUGAUCGACGAUGCCGUACGAAAAGUCGAUAUGGGUCGAUCUUUCGUCAGACCUAGCGGGACAGAAGAUUGUGUGAGGGUGUAUGCGGAGGCGAAGACGAGUCCCGAGGUUGAAUCCCUCGCCAGUAACGUAUCUGAUCUGGUGAAGCAUGCUUCAGGCAUGACGUCGCAGUAG